UAUUGAUAAUAUGUACUGGAAAAUAUCUCACUGCCAAAACUGCUGAAUUAGUCACCAAACAAGAAAAUUACAAGCUAAUCCAAGAACGCAAUACUGACUUGCAAACCAAACUCCAAACUGUCCAAGCAGAAAUCACCAACUCACGGAAUGAAUCAGCAAACUCGAAUUAG